AUGGCGAUCGGAGCGUUUCUCGAGCGAAACCCGCGAUUGGGACGGGUGGAAAAGGCGCGCGACGACGCGAUCGGAUGGCGCCUGUGGGUGAGCGUCGGCGUGUUUUGUUUCUUGUUGCUCGGGCCCGUGAUGCCGCUCAUCCCGAGGUUUCGAGGGGCGGGGCCGGCGUUCCUGGCGAUCGAGGCGGUGGCGGUGACGGCGAUCGCGUGGUGCUCGAUCGAGUACAGACAUCGACGGGCGGUGUGGUUUCAGUGCUUGUCGAAAGGGAUCGUGGUGACGUACGAGAAGACGCACGAGAUCGGGCGGUGGAUCACGCAGCCGGCGAUGUUCUUCGCGUACGCGUUUCUGUUCGUACACGCCUUGGUGACGUACUUGGGAUUGGAUCCGACGCUCGGUGGUGGUGAUUUGGUGGCCGAUGUGCUCACCGCUAUAUUGUCCAUGCUCGCCGUGCUCUUCGUGGUGUUGAUGACGAAGAAUCUGGUCGAUACGGAGGGCGCCAACGCGCUCUUGACCGUUCCGAUGUUUGUCUACCUCUUCCAGGACGACGCCGUGCUCGCCGAGCGCGGUUUUUCGACGGUAAAUUUCGCUGAUUUGGCACAGUACGUGAUUGUCGAUCGAGCGUCGAACCGUAAAUUCUCGUGGAACGAAAUUCACGAACUGCAAGCGCCAGUCGGACACUUUACCCCCGUAUCGAAUAGGCGCGCGACGCUGCUCGAUGGAUUUAGAAUCGCGAGAUUCCUGAGAAAAUACAACGACGUGAUGUCCUAG